AUGGUCAGGUUUUCAUGCUUCAACGCUCACAUCCACCGCCAUAGACCUAAGAAACCCGUGGAAGGAUUUUCAGAACGAGUGAUCAGAGAAGACGGGUCUAAACCGAAAGGAUUGAGCUCAAUCAUAUUUGGGAGAAACAUUGCCUCUGUUGGCGAAAACAGCAAGCCAUCUGGCUCUACCGCUAUUGAGCGUGUCUGGAAGUCUGAGGAAAUCAAAUCCAGUGGCGUCCUUGAGCAUGAUACGCAUCAGGUACAUCAUCUCAAGAAGAGCCAGUCUCAUGGAGAUGAACUAUACAUGGAUGGGAGGGAUGACACAGAGGAUGGAGGAACAGAUCGGAUCACUUCUCCAAAUUCUAAUGAACAGAGUGGUGGUAAUCUCGCUGCAGGCGGCAGCAAGCGUGUUGAAGGAAGUCCGGAUCUGUACCAGAGAGCUCCUCGAGCUUACCAGGGAUCAGAUCAAGCACUCUAUGGGUCUAUCUUCUCGGUUGGAGAUCAUCAUCAUCAUGCUGAUAAAGAUAGCCGUCAGCUUGAUGAUGAUAACUCGCUAUCCGGUGAACAGAUGGACAACUCAAACAGCCAAACACCUUAUGAUUCGCCGUUGAUCGUUAGGUCGAACUCAAUGCCUAAUAUCGCUGACUCUGCGUCAGGGAAGUCUUCACCUUUCAAGUAUUCUUCUCACCACUCUAGGUCCUCUGAUGACCUUCGUGUUGUAGACAUGCGCCAAACGGAUAAAUCUGUCCACGAGACUGAUGCUGAGGUGAAGCAAGAGCAAGAUCUGGAUGAUAUGCAUAAACCUGGAAGUAACAACAACGACAAGGAACAUCUCGAGGAGGACGGAUAUGAUGAUGCAUAUGAUUAUUCUUCCCUGGCUAAAGACUGGUUGGUACCACCUACAGAUGAGCUCAGAUUAACAGAGUUUCUUGAAGGAGAAACAUCAAACAAGCAAGCAGAGUUUCCGGGAAAGGAUUUCAAAAUCAAGCGUAUCGAGGAUUGGGUCAAUGACCUUCAGCAUGUGAACUUGUCAGAGGAAGCUGGUGAAAUCACAGAGUACGGCGAUGAGCUGCCAAGAGAACCCGUCGUGGUGUUCAACGAGCCAACAGCAGCUUCUGUUAAAGUAGAUGUCGUCAAGCUAACUCCUGGAAUGGAAGCUGCGAAAAAGUAUAUCUCAUCUCUGAGUGCUUCUGCAACCACAGCCCAGCUGGUUAGUCAUGGUCUUGUUGUGAUACCAUUCCUCAGUGCGUUUGUUGGUCUCAGAGUUCUCAAUCUCUCAGGAAACGCAAUAGUUAGGAUAACCUCUGGUGCUCUCCCUCGAGGACUACAUGCAUUGAAUUUGUCAAAAAACAGUAUCUCUGUGAUCGAGGGCCUACGUGAACUCACUCGGCUUCGUGUAUUAGACUUGAGUUACAACAGAAUACUGAGACUUGGUCAUGGUUUGGCUUCUUGCUCCUCCCUGAAAGAACUAUACCUAGCUGGGAACAAAAUCAGUGAAAUCGAGGGUCUUCAUCGUCUCUUGAAACUGACGGUUUUGGAUUUACGCUUCAACAAGUUCUCGACCACCAAAUGUCUCGGCCUGCUCGCUGCAAAUUACAGCUCUCUUCAGGCUAUAAGCUUGGAAGGUAACCCUGCACAGAAGAAUGUUGGUGAUGAACAACUGAGAAAGUACCUUUUGGGACUCCUGCCACAUUUGGUGUACUAUAACAGACAAGGCACUAAAGAUGCUCGGCUCGGGACAAGCACGCAUCAGCUGGACCGAGGUCUAAGAUCAGAGCUCAAAAACAGUAGCCGGAAGAGUAGCCAUGGUGCGUCAAGUACACACAAACCGGGACCAUCCACAGCUCGUAAAGCUUCGGGCUUGCAGAAAAGAUCCAAGGAGAGAAGCAGCCGUCUUCCACCUGUGGGACACAAAGUAUCACCAGCUGCUUACGAGAACUAUUACGUUGCUACUGGUGAUAGGUUGUGUAGUCUGAGAUCAGAGCUCUCUAUGCGAAGAAGCCGAAGCGAAGGAACUCUUGGACCUGUCUGA